UUUGCAGUAGAAAUGACAGCCCUCUCGUCGCUACAAAGCAAAACUUCUGAUCUGUUCAACUCUAAGUUUGGAGCAGGUCCGGGUCUGAAGGCUGGUUAUGCUCCUGGUCGGGUUAAUUUAAUUGGAGAACACACGGACUAUAAUAAUGGGUACGUCUUUCCCAUGGCACUGGCUAACAUUGGCACCAUCGCUGUGGGCAGAAUGACCAAGAAAGGUGAGAUUAACAUCGUAUCCAGUGCAGAUGUUAGCCCUAAUUCCUUCCAAUACAAAUCAGUCACUACUGAGCUAGGAGACAUUCCUCAGUGGGCCAGGUAUGUGGUCGGGGUGGUGAAGUGUUUUGAGGAUCUGGCUAAUAGGAAGGUCAGUGUUGACCUGGCUAUAUCCUCCAACCUACCAAUGGGAGCUGGACUCAGCAGCUCAGCUUCCCUGGAAGUUGCUGUUUUCUCUCUGCUGGAAAGCUUGUACGAUGUUACUAACAUCGCCAAGAUUGAUAAGAUCAAAGCAUGCCAAAAAGCAGAGCACAAGUACGCAAAUGUGCCGUGUGGGAUCAUGGAUCAGUUUAUAGCUACUCUGGGGGAUGUGGACCAUGCGCUGUUUAUUAACUGUGAGACAGAUGAUUAUGAGAAAGUACCAUUUGGUGAUGAGAGUUUGUUGCUGGUUGUGACAGACACCCAUAAGAAACAUGAGUUGGCCGGGGGAGAGUACGCGAACCGUAGGGCAACUUGUGAGGCAGUUGCUAAGUCUCUAGGUGUGCCAUCUCUUGGGGAGGUUAGUAUAGAUCAGCUAGUCAAGCAUUUCUGUACGCCAGGGAGGGAUUUGAGCCACCUCCCUGACAAAGCAUACCCCCGGUCUCGUCAUGUUGUCACAGAAAUAGAUCGAGCUAAGAAAGGGAAAGAGUGUUUGGUAGCAGGGGAUGUUAGACUAUUUGGUCAGCUGAUGAAUGAGUCACACAAGUCCCUGGCUGAUGAUUACCAAGUCACGUGUAAAGAGCUGGACGAGGUGGUGCAGGUUGCCUGGGAGACGGAGGGAGUGGUGGGGAGCAGGAUGACGGGGGGAGGGUUCGGAGGUUGUGCUAUCACGCUGGUUUACCGACAUGCUGAACAGGCUUUGCUUGAUAGGUUGAGGGAGUUUUGUCCUUAUAGCUCGUCUUUUAGUACUACUGCAGGGCGAGGGGCGUACUCUUGGGACUUACCUGAGUGAGGCAGAGUUAUUUAUGUUUCCAUGGAAAAAAAAUUUUAACAACAUAUUUUAGAGUGGUUAUCAGCAUGAAAAAUGGUUUUUGAAAUGAAUAAUAAA